ACUCGAACACCGCCUUUUCGCCAUUUACCCGACAAAUUUCGAGCGCCUAGAAAUAUCAGCAAGACGGGCAGAUUCUGCAGAGAUAAAAAGGCAGAAAAGCUGAUAGCUUUACCAUUAAACCAUAACAGCGGCCAUGGAAGUUCUCUCCCCCUCAGCCGCAACCAUAACACCUCAUAUAUUCCCUAGAAAAGCCCACAAAAGCCAACCCCAAAAUCCCACUGUAAACAUCAAAUUUCCCAAUCCGCCGAGCAAAAGAAACCACCUUCAUCUCUCUUUUUCUUCUUCUUCUUUCAUUUCUUUUAUAUGUUUCUCUUCCACACCAAGUGCGACUUUAGCUUCAACUACAAAGACAUUUCUGACUCCCAGUGACAACCACCACUGGAUGGUGCUCAUGGAGGCUCCUCCACAAGGGGUCAAUUCCAAACCAGAAGUUAUUAACUAUUACGUUAAUACCUUAGCAAGAGUAUUGGGCAGUGAGAAGGAUGCUCAGAUGUGUAUAUAUCAUGCUUCUUGUGAUUCCCCCUUCGGCUUUUGCUGUGACAUUGACGAAGAUACUUCCCGCGAGCUCGCCCGUCUACCUGAGGUUUUAUCGGUUAGGCCCGACCCGGAUUAUAGUGCUGUUAAAAAGACAUACAGCUCACUAACAGGAAGUACUCUAUUGUUUCCUGUGGCGAAUACCAAUCACUGGCUUGUUCGGAUGGACAAGCCGGGGGUUGGAGUUGUUACAAAGGCACAAAUGGUUGAUUAUUAUGCUCAAGCACUGGCCAAGGUGUUGGGGAAUGAUAAGGAUGCUCAAAUGUGUAUAUAUCACGUUUCUUGGCGGUCAAACUUUGGGUUCUGUUGUGAGCUUGAUGAUGAAAGUGCAAGGGAACUAGCUGGUGUACCAGGUGUAUUAUCUGUACUGCCAGAUAAAAGCUUUGAGUCAGAGAAUAAGGAUUAUGGAGGAAAUUUACAGAGUUCUAUGGCUCAGGCAGAUUCUUCAGAAGCAAGUCAAACGUCAGCCCCUAUAAAAACAAAGAAACUAUUUAUUACCGGCCUGUCAUUCUAUACAUCUGAGAAAACCUUACGAACAGCAUUUGAAGGGUUUGGCGAGCUUGUUGAAGUAAAAAUUAUAAUGGACAAAAUUUCUAAAAGGUCCAAAGGUUAUGCAUUCAUAGAGUACACUACCGAGGAAGCUGCUAGUACAGCACUCAAAGAGAUGAAUGGCAAGAUCAUUAAUGGCUGGAUGAUAGUUGUUGAUGUUGCCAAGACCAAUCCACCGAGAUACAGCAGGAGCCGUCCAAGAUAGGAAUAAUCCCACAGAUAGAGACAGAGAGACAGAUGGCCCUUAAAAGUUUCAGGCUAUUGCCCUCAAAAGUGUUGGGACUAUCCUGCAAACCAGCCGCCACCUAAGAAAUCUUCUUUCGAGUGAAGCACUAGGGGUGCAUAUUACGGAAUGCAGCAUCUCUCUCUGUCUCAGUCACAUCCACAUGAAACUAGUUAUUAUAGAAUGCAUCGAACAAUUUCUUUUUGCAUUGAAAUUGAUGGAAGGACUUCCAUCAAUCCAGGGCCAUAGUUAUUCCGUAUUUUCUUGUCUCUCAAAACUAUUGAAUAGAACAUCAAUGUAUAAAUGUUUAAAUAUACAUCGUGAUCUGUUGCAAUUA